AUGAGGGCAUCAAACGAAGCUUCCACCAGCAGUGAGUUGAUGAACAAUUUAUUUAGAAGCCGAAACGAGGUGGUCCUUGAUUUAAUUGCUGCUGUAAAAGGACUUCACGAGCUUAGCCCACAGCAACUUACCAAACUUAUCAGGGAUUCUGGAAACAAUAUUGUUCGGCAUAUUGCUGAAGAUGGAUCACACAUACAGGUUGACUUGGAAAAAUUUGCAAGAUAUCUUCCUCUACACCUUAUUGCAGUUGUUAUGGCCUGGGAAAGGGACAAAGCCACGUUCAAGUAUUUGUUAUGUGGAGUUCUUUUGUUACAUUCUAUGUGUGACCUUGCUUCCCGGGUCCCCAAAAUUGAGCAGAUAUUGCUUGAUGAUGUGAGAGUAUCUGAACAGCUGCUUGACCUGGUUUUUUAUCUGCUAGUUCUCCUUGGUGCAUACAGACAGGAGAAUCAGAAUAUUCCCAAUGAUAUGAUUCUCUUGCAUUCAGCCCUAGUGGCCUGCACUCUAAAAUUGCUAAUGGUGAUUGUCUCACCACAGUACCAAGACGUUGCUCAAGUUUUGGCUGCCUAUUACAAAGUUGAUAUAUUUAUGGACUCCACAUUUUCUGCCGUUUGUAUAGAUGUCAAGUAUCUACAAACAAAGCUUUCUAUUGAACAAACCGAGUCCACCGCUGGUGUUACUCCCCCUACUGCAGAAGAAACCUUGAAUCAUCUUUGCCAGCAGUGCGACUCCUCUCUGCAGUUUCUGCAGUCUUUAUGUCAACAGAAGUCGUUCCGGGAACGCAUUGUUAAGAAUAAGGAGGUUUGUGGCAAUGGAGGUGUUCUUGUACUGGUUCAGGCCGUCUUGAACCUUAAAAUAUCGCCUUUGUAUCGUACAUCCUCGUAUAUGGCUUCUAUCUCUCGGUUGAAAUCUAAAGCUUUAUCUAUUCUCUUGCACCUAUGUGAAGCAGAAUGUGUCUCCUACCUGGAUGAGGUUGCCGGUAAUCCUAGAAGUCGGAAUCUGGCGAAGUCUGUUGCACUACAGGUUCUUGAAUUAUUAAAGAAGACGUUUGGUAUAGAUUCCAAGCAGUCAACAAUUUCUUCUGAGAUAGUUUAUUCAAAAGGGCAACUGGAACUUAAUGCAAUGCGCCUGACGGACGUCUUCUCCGAUGAUUCAAAUUUCCGUUCGUUUGUCAUGUUGAACUUUACGGAAACUUUGGCAGCAAUCUUUCUACUCCCACAUGGAGAGUUCUUGCCUGGUUGGUGUUCAUCUGAUUUUCCAGCAUGUGAAGAUGAUGGAACUUUGGACGUACCUCGCGCAUCCUAUGCUCAUCAGAGAACAUCCUUACUAAUAAAAAUAAUCGCAAAUCUUCACUGUUUUGUUCCCGAUGUCUGCCAAGAUGAGAAGGAUCUCUUCCUAAAUAAGUUCGUGCGGUUCAUUCAGAAGGAAUUUGUCGGACCCUCAGAUGGAUGCUCUUCUACUUUCAAUACUGAAAGAACUGGAACAGUUUGCAAGAACUUAUGUUCAUUGUUAAGUCAUGCAGAGUCUUUAGUUCCCCGGUUUCUAAAUGAAGAAGAUGUGCAGCUCCUAAGGUUAUUUAUAAAUCGGUUUGACUCUCUGGCUGUUACUGCCACAGCUGAAGAUCAUCUUAUCCAAGAUGCUCGACAUAGAGGAGCUUGCUCUUCACAACUACAUACAGAAGCAGCAUCAAACCAAUGCAUGGAUCAGGGUAAACUGAAUGGACGCCAUAUAAAUUCAAAAGAAAUCGAGAGGGAUGCCCGGGCUUUCGAGACGAGCGGAUCCGAUUCCAGCCCUACACGAGGAAAGAACUCUAUUGAGCGUAUGGAUAUUGAUCACUUCAAAGGGAGUAGUUUCGAGGAAGCUAUGGACGAUGAAAAGGCCGACGCCACACAUUCUGACGAGAAGCAGCAAAGGAAACGUAAACGGACAAUAAUGAACGACAAGCAGAUAGCCCUCAUCGAGUCUGCUCUCGUUGAUGAACCCGAUAUGCACCGUAAUUCGGCCUCUUUGAAAUCAUGGUGCGACAAAUUAAGUCUCCAUGGAGCUGAGGUUACUACUUCAAGACUCAAAAAUUGGCUCAAUAACCGAAAAGCAAAACUCGCACGUGCUGCCAAGGACAUGCGUGCACCGUACGAAGGGGAUUCCCACCGUCUCGAAAGACAAGGCAGCGGGAAUGCGGUUCACUCGGAUUCACCCUCGAGUCCAAUCGAUGACUCUCAAGCCCAGCCCACUUCAAGAGAGAGUCCCAAAGAGGCCCAACACAACAACCCAUUAUUGGCUACUGAUGCCAACGAGGAUUUGCGAGCUUCCCGUGCUGCUGCUGAUGAUGCUGGAGAUGUUGUGGGGCCCAGUUCGUACUUAGAACCGGGACAGUACGUGAGAAUUGUGGGCGAGAAUGGAGAGGAAAUUGGGAGGGGGAAAGUAUUUCAGGUCUGUGGUAAAUGGUGCGGGAAGAAUUUGGACGAUUCGGGUGUGUGUGUUGUGGAUUUUGUCGAGCUUUUGGUAGAUAGGCUUUCGGAACUCCCGCAUCCUAUGGAUGACACGGGUAACUCGUUCGAUCAGGCCGAAAAACGGCUAGGGUGGGUGAGGGUGUUGUGGGAUUCAAACAAGCUUUUCCCAUUGCCACCUAGAUGA